UGGGCCAUGGAGUAGAAUCCUACACAAGUUGCCUGAGAUUAAUGAUGCCGUUCUUUAGCGUAAAAAUUUGUUCCCCAGUGGUCCUAACCCGUCGCAUGAUGGCCUCUGCUUGCUCUGACAGUCUUGCCAGAGCUCGCAGCGCCUGAACAGCUAUUUGCGCUCAGAGCGACUUCGAGAGAAGCUAGCAUCGCCUCAAAGAACCCUUUAGUGCUCGGAGACAGUGAUUCCAUUAUUGAGCAGGAUUUUCAGCCCCCCCCCCCCCCGGUCCCAUGCCGCUUGAGCUACCGUAGUCUUGGCUAGUGUGACACACUUUUAGUUGCUGGGUGACGAGUGGGCCCGAGGUCUUCUUCAUCGUCCGUGCUGAAGCGUAAUGAGGCAAAAGCAAUAGUCAGCGCUAAGAAAUCGUACAGUUUCUUGCAAAAGUGUCCUCGAAGGGAAGGAAAGCCUCGAUCUGCUAUUCGAGACUUCGAGAAGAGGACUUCUCGAGUUUACUCAAGGCUUUCAAAGGGGCCAUAAAGACGUUGGUACAUAUCAAUAUCGUCUGCUUCUAGGUGGUUGGAAGUAGUCAUCUGUCUAAAUCAAGGUCGAUUUUGAAACAUCAACCUUCAGCUCAUAAAAAAUACCAUUGUGUGCUUCUUUCAGGGUUUCUUUGGCUUACUAGAUCACCCUGUUAAUUUAGUGAGGAGGUGAUAUAAUUGGAGGAAGGACCGUUCUUGGUGACGAAGGCAACCAUUUUGCAGGUAGCCUUUUGAACUCAUCAAGUCGAAGCUGGGCCUAAGUUCUAGCUGGUCUAGUGUGCCGGCAUGCGCCGAUUAAGGGUGCCAAAGCUGAAGCCCGGAACCACAAACUUACCUAUGAAAAUGAAGGAUGAUGAAUACAAGAAGGCGCAGGCGCUGGGUGACGAUCAAUGGGUUCCCAGAGUAAGGAGCUUUCACACUCGGGUGGUGUAUGGCUUAUGCUUCAUUGCAGCCGUGUGCUCUAUCGCCCUGUGGGGCUUCAAGUGUUACAGAUUGGACCUGAACAGUCUCGGCGAGGGCACAAACUCACCACCCGUAUUCGGCCCGAAGAAAUUGACUCCCGAAGAGUUGCGCGAGCAUCUGGCCGAGAUUGAUAGGGGAUUGAAGGCGUUCCUGAACAGCAGCAAGCCAUUUACAAAAUUCGGGCCCCCGGUCAUGAAUUGGGACAAGACGCGUGCAGACGCUAUUCGGCGGAGCACAAACUCAUCAAACGGGGUCAACCCAAAGCCGCGCAUUAUGCUGAUCACAAGCUCGCACCCGAAGAAAUGCGAGAACAAGCAAGGGGACCAAAUGCUCUUGAAGUCGAUCAAGAACAAGAUGGAUUACUGCCGGUUGCAUGGAAUCGAGCUCUACUACAACAUGGACCACAUCGACGAAGACAUGACUUCAUGGUGGGUGAAGACGUUUCUGACGCACAUGCUCAUGAAGCAGCACCCUGAAAUCGACUGGUUCUGGUGGAUGGACAGCGACGCCAUCUUCACAGACAUGACAUUCGAGCUUCCGCUUCACAAGUACGAGAAGUACAAUAUGGUGAUGCACGGGUGGGACGAUGCGGUGUACGACAAGCGAAGCUGGCUCGGGCUGAACGCCGGUGUCUUCCUGAUCCGGAACUGUCAGUGGUCGAUGGACUUCCUGCACGCUUGGGCACCCAUGAGCCCGAAGGGCAAAAUUCGCGAUGGGGCUGGUGAGUUUCUGACCAAGGCGCUCCCGGACAGAGGCAAGGGUGAGGCAGAUGACCAGUCAGGGAUUGUGUACCUGAUGAUCACAGACAGGGAGAGGUGGGGCUCCAAGAUUUUUCUCGAAAACUCCUACUAUUUCCAGGGCUAUUGGAGAGUACUCACAGACAAAUUUGAGGAGAUGAUGGCGAAGUACAAACCUGGGCUUUACGGUGACGACCGGUGGCCUUUCGUCACCCACUUUUGUGGAUGUGAAUUCUGUUGUGGAUCGAUCAACCCGGAAUACACUAGAGACCAGUGCUUGGUUCACAUGGAACGCGCUAUCAACUUCGCUGACAACCAAGUCAUCGGAAGAUACGGCUUCCGCCACAAGUCAUUAAAGACUCCGGAGGUUUCACCGAAGAGCAACAACCACGUUCAGAAGAACCAAACCAGCAACUCCAUGGCUGCGGAAUCGAAGAAAGCAUAAGGUCCGGUUACCGACUUUCUCUCGAAGUCCAAACAAAUUGCAGGACAGCAGCUCUUCUGCAGAUCAUAAACGACAACUCACAUGCUGAGUUGCGUUAUCUUCUGUUUUUUCUGAACUUAUUUUUUCUGUUGGAGAGUUUUGCAGUAAGAUGAUUAGUUUGCGUAAGGAUGAUAAGCACGGCGACGCAUUGCACAGCAAGAGGAAAAAAUAACAGUAGUAACUGAUCAUCGUGUCCAUAUUUCCCGGACUUGCCUGACAAUAAGGCGCAGAAUUUAUGCAGAAAUAACCCACAGCCUUCAAUGUAUUUGGAAUCAAGCGCCAGUUAGAAAAGUUGAUUAAUCUGUAGUGGGCUAGUGUUCUGCUUCGGCUGUGGAAGUAUCUGCCUGAUGAGGGUUAUAGAUGACUUUACUAUGCAACCUUUUGAUCAAUCUCAAGAUUUGUACAGGGUCCUUGGUUGCAAUUUUUGCAGAACUCCACAAGUGGGUGUCUGUGUGUGCUCCUUCA